AUGCCCACAAGUGCGCGGACGACGCAGACUGGAGAGUUUGUGCAGCGCCAGCUGGGCGAGGAUGUAAUAGACCUGGCGGCGGGGCAGCCCGCGCCUUCAUCGCUCCCACUCGAUAAGAUUGCGGCGGCGGCUGCUCACCGGUUCGGCUCGCCGGGCGCAAACCCGCUCAUGCUGCAGUAUGGCCCUGAGCAAGGUUACGCCUCAUUCCGCCAGAGCCUGGCCGGCUUCCUCAGCAGCCACUACGGCCACGAGGUCGUGGCCGACGAGCUCAUAGUCACCGCAGGGGUCUCCCAUGGAAUCGACCUGGUGUGCCGCCAGCUGGCGUCACCCGGGGAUGUUAUCGUCGUGGAGCGGCCCACCUACUUCCUGGUGCAGGGAAUCAUCGAUCAGUGCCACCUGCGAAGCGCUGAUAUCCCGACAGACGGCCAAGGCCUGGAUGUGGCGGCCCUUGAGGAACUGAUAGAAGAGGGGGGCCUCAGGCCACGCCUGCUGUACACGGUUCCCGUGCACUCCAACCCGCGCGGCGCGGUGCUGUCCCUUGAGCGGCGGCGGCGGCUGAUCCAGCUGGCGCACCGCCACGGGUUCUACAUCCUGGCCGAUGAGGUGUACCAGCUGCUCAGCUUCCCGGACGCGCCCCCGCCCCCACCGCCCAUGAGGGCCGUCGAGCUGCAGCUCUUCGAGGAGGGAGCCCUGCCGUCACCAGGUGACGGCGGCGGUGAUGAUGAUGUCAGCGGCGGCGGCGGCGCGGGGGAGGCGCCCACGGGGGCAUCCGCGGGGGCGCUGGAGGACUGGAGCGCGGGGGUGGGGCAGGGCGAGGGCCCGCAGCAGCAGCAUGAGGCCGGCGGCGGCGGCGGGCAGGGGCUUGCGCAGGGGCUGCAGCGGCGGCGGCGGCGCCUGGCGUCGUCGCAGGUGGUGUCCCUCGGAUCCUGGAGCAAGAUGCUGGCGCCCGGCCUGCGGCUGGGCUGGGCGGAGGCGUCGGAGGCGGUGCUGCAGCGGCUGCGCGCGUGCGGCGUCCUGCAGAGCGGCGGCUGCAUCGCGCCGCUGUCUGCGGCGGUGGCGCACAGCACCCUCGAGCUCGGCCUGCUGCAGCAGCACCUCGACGGCGCCGUGCUGCCGUCGCUGGCGGCGCGCUGCGGCGCGAUGUGCGAGGAGAUCGACAGGCACCUGGUGCCCCUGGGCUGCAGCUACAGCCGGCCGGAGGGGGGUUACUUCGUGUGGGUCGCGUUUCCGGAGGAGGUGGACACUCGGGAGCUCCUUGUGCGCGCGGGGGCGCGCCACAGCGUUCGCUUCUCCCCCGGCCCGCUCAGCCACGGCCGCGCGCACGACGCGCGGCUGUGCUUCGCCUUCUACUCCGAACCCGAGCUGCGGGUCGCGGUGGCGCGGCUGGGGGCGGCGCUGGCGGAGCACCUGGCAGCGGCGUGA